AUGGGUUUCAACGGAGAUGGGCUUCCUUUUGAAGUAGACCCGCUCGAAUUGGUUUCGCAAGCUCAACCUACUCAACUUGGGCCCGAAUUUGGCCGUGAUCGAACGAGUUUGACGAUACACUAUUUGUUUUCUUCAUUUGUGUACCUUAAGAAAAUUCUUAGCCAAGCCAGUGUUUUUAUUAAUGGCAAUGAGUUGACCUAUCUUCUGCGUUAG